AUGAGUGCAACAGGUCAAGAAGAUGAAAAAGAUGAACCAAACAAAUUAAGCUAUUUUGCAGAAAAGCUCGAUGAUAUUUCAGAAAUUACUGAACCCAUAGCCAAAUCAGCGUAUAUGUUAGAAAUGGGAGUUAACGUCAAAGAAAUUGGAUCUGACAUCAAAGAAUUUAAAGAAGAGUUUUCAAUAAUGGUUUUAAAAAUCAAUACAAUGAAUAAUAAGAUGGAAAAACUCCUGGACGAACAAAAUAAAAGUGCAGUACGAAAGGAUACCAAUUUUGAAUAUUAUCAAAAUAAAAUUGAUAAAAUUUUCACGGAAAGUAAUAAAUUAGAAUUCAUAGAAUAUAAAGAAACCAAUGAGAGUCCUGUUAAUCAAGAUCCAGAUUUUAGGCCAAAAAUUACAGAUAUGUUCAAAGAACUUCGCAAUAGUUACAAAGAAUUCAUCAAAGCUUCACCAUCCCCUAUAAAUUCACAAAAGCAAAGUUACGUGCCACCGAAAAUAAAGAAACCAACCCCACAACGAAAAUUCAGUAUGGACCAAGAUGAAUUUGCCAUAAAAGAUGAAGAUUUACCAGAUUCUGAGUCAUUCAAUUACAUGACACUUGCUGAAGCAGAAAAGCAGCAUCGAUUGGACAAAGAAAAGGUUAUUGCGGAAUUAUUUAAAGAAGUUGCUGAUGAUGAAGCAAAUGAAUUUCCUGAGGCGAAAUUAAGAUAUGGGGAUUGCUUAUAUAAUGGUAAAGGUGUUAAACAGAAUUUGGUGGAAGCCCUCAAAUAUUUUGAGAAAGCUGCCGAAAAUGGCCUUAAAGUGGCAAUGUAUAAUGCUGGAAAUCUACAUUUUAAAGGUUGUGGCGGUGAUAAAAGAGAUUUACAAAAAGCUGAAUAUUAUAUGAAAUUAGCUGCGUAUAAUGAAUAUCCUCCCGCAAUCAAGUUUUGUAAAGAACAUGAUUUUAAUUGA